AAUGGAAAUCUCAUACAUUGUUGUUAUAACCAAAUCCAUUGAGCCUUUGAGAGAUACCUCCGCUCUCGUUUAGGGCCAGCCGAAUUAGGGAUCUUUCGUCUCCGAUUCUUCCUUCUUUUCUACGAGAGAUUUGGAUCUCGAUCACGUCGUCUCGAUCUGCAUCUCUCGGAAUCAUGGUAAUGGAGAUCCUUGCGCAUGAUACUAAUCAAGACAAUAUCAAUGAAGGAACUGAAGAGGACAACUCUUUCGUUGCCAUAAAAGAAAGCAAGCCAGAGACUAAACAUGGCAAUGGACAUGAAUUAGUAAGACCCAAUGUAGCCAAUGGAGAAGCUAAAGAAGGGGAUCGAUCAGUUGAUGCAAAUUUUCCAAGGGAUGCUGUGGAAGAGUGGCCUGCUGAAAAGAAAAUUCAUAAUUUCUAUUUAGUUAGGUAUAGGACCUUUGAAGACCCUAAACUUAAGUCAAGGAUUGACAAUGCUGACAAAGAGGUCACUAAGUGCACCCAAAACAGGGUUCAGAUUACAGAUGCGUUAAAGGCAAAAAGGUCCGAGAGGUCAAAUGUGAUUUUGCAAUUAAAGCCUUUGACUGCUGAGGACAGACAGUAUCGAAUGAUUAUGGAUGAAAAGAGAAAGUCAAUGGAACCACUUCAAGAUGCCCUUGGAAAGCUACGUAAUGCGAAUAUUGCUGUGAGGGAAAGGGGCAUGGGUUUAUGUUCUUCAGAGGAAGAGCUCAAUGAUCUUAUUUAUAGCUUGAAUUACCAUAUGCAGCAUGAGAGUCUCAGUUUGGUUGAAGAAAAACAAUUGAUUAAGGAGAUUAAGAUGCUUGAAGGGACAAGAGAUAAGGUUAUUUCUAAUGCUAGCGAGAAGGCUAAGAUUCAAGAUUCUUUUGGUCAUAAAGAAGCUAUUCAAGACCAGGUCAAACUGAUAAAUGAUGACAUUGGCGGAGUCAAAAAGGAGAAACAAGCAAUUCGUAUGAAAAUCAAAAGCCUUGAAGAUGAACUCAAGAUUAUUGAUGAUGAUAUUAGUUCCUUACAAGAGGAAUUGGAAAAUAUCAACAAGAAAAGAAACAAGGCAUUUGAAACUCUUGUUGAGUUGAGAAAAUCUCGCGAUGAAGCGAAUUCUUGCUUCUUCCAAAACCGUGCUGUUUUAAACCGUGCUAAGGAUCUUGCAGCAAAGAAGGAUAUGACAUCACUCCCAGACUUCGUGUAUACUGAGGUUGAGAAAUUUAUGUCCGAUUGGAGCAACGGUGAAAGGGCUUUCAGGGAAGAUUAUGAGAAGAGAAUUUUGUCAUCACUUGAUAGCAGACAAUUGAGCAGGGAUGGAAGGAUGAGGAAUCCUGAUGAAAAGCCAAUCAUUCCAGUUGAGGGACCAGCAACACGAGAUCUGGAGGCUGCGCCAGUGAAGCUGGCCACACCAGCAAAGUUGAAUGCCAAACAAACAGAGGAUGUACAUUUGCCACAGCAGGAUGUUAUUCCCAACAAAAAGACGCAAGAAACCAACGUUAAGAAAUCAUCCAAGGUAGUAGAAUCAAGAGCAAAGGCUGAAGAUCCUACAAGCAUUGCCGACUCACCAGCAAUUGAGAAACCUCAGGAGACUCCAAAGCCAAAUGAGAUUGAUGCUGUAAAACUGAAGGAGGUGAAGAGAGAAGAGGAGAUUGCAAAGGCUAAGUUGGCCUUUGAAAGAAAGAAGAAGCAAGCUGAGAAGGCAGCAGCAAAAGCAGUUGUUAGAGCUCAAAAGGAAUUUGAAAAGAAAUUAAAGGAAAAAGAGAAGAGGCUUAGGAAGAAGGCUGGGGGAUCGACACCUGAUGCACCCACUGAGGAGCCAGAAGUUGAAUCCAAAGUUUCAGAACCCGAAGAAGUUACUGUCGAUACCGAUACUCCAGUUGCAGAAAAUAGCAAGGGACGGAAGGACAAUGCUAGAUUCAGAAACCGACCAACUGGAAGAGGUCAGGUUCCUAAGAUCAUGCUGAAAAGGAAAAAGACCCCAUCCUAUUGGAUAUGGGCUGCACCUGCUGCAGUAGCUGCGGUGCUACUAGCAGCCGCGGCAUUCUACUACUUGGCUUCCACUUGAAAGUGAGGAUACCAGCAAAGAUCAUUCCCUCAAGAUAUGCACCAGUUUUGCAGAAUGGGAUAGCAUAACAACGAAUCGGGCUUUAUACUUUCACCAUCCCCAAGUAAACUUUCUCUAGUCAAAACAUCACCUGCUGCUCUACUCUCAAGUCGUCGAAUACUGUCAACUUAUGAACUCUUCUUUUAGCUGCAUGUAUCCCCCCAUUGAAUUUGAUAUUCUUUUUUCAUGUCACUGAAUAACCGACUGUUUCCCUUGUUUUAAGCCAAUAUAACUUCUUUUUUCUCCAA